AAAAAGAAAAAGAAAACAGCUGGAUUCGGGAAAUGCGUUGGCGGGCGCGGAAUCCGGCCCGAACGGCGUGUAAACGCCGUCGUUUUUCCCUAAGAACGAAUCCCAAGCCCAGACCCGCACCGACCUAGCAGCCGAGUUUCCAAAGGGCAAAACGACGACGUCUAUGCUCUCUAUUUACAUCCAGGGCCGGUUCUCCAAAAAUCAAUCUAGUCGUCGAACAUCAGAAAUUCGCCGAGAGAAAGGAGAAGAAAAAAAAUAAGGGAAGAAACAAGAAGCAGCGAAAAUGUCGUCACUUGCAGCUGCUAGAGCAGACAAUUUCUACUACCCGCCAGAAUGGACGCCAAAUCAGGGUUCUUUGAACAAGUUCCAUGGUCAACAUGCUUUGAGAGAAAGGGCCAGGAAAAUAGACCAGGGAAUUUUAAUUAUAAGGUUUGAGAUGCCAUUCAAUAUUUGGUGCGGUGGAUGCAAUUCUAUGAUAGCAAAAGGUGUGAGGUUCAACGCAGAGAAAAAGCAAGUGGGGAACUAUUACUCUACGAAGAUAUGGAGCUUUACGAUGAAAUCCGCCUGCUGCAAACAUCAAAUUGUGAUUCAGACAGAUCCAAAAAAUUGUGAAUAUGUUAUUAUUAGUGGGGCUCAACGGAAGACUGAGGAGUAUGACAUCGAAGAUGCAGAAACUUUCGCACUUCCUGCUGAUGAAGAAAGAGGUAAGCUGUCGGAUCCGUUUUACCGUCUUGAACAUCAGGAAGAAGAUUUACAGAAAAAGAAAGAAGCUGAUCCUGUACUUGUGCGCCUACAGCGAUUAUCUGAUGCUAGGCAUUCUGAUGACUAUGCCCUCAACAAGGCUCUCCGAAGCCAACUUAGAAGUCAAAAGAAAAGGGUUGCUGAAGAAGAGGUUGCUUGCAGGAAAAUGGGCCUUGGCAUACGACUGCUUCCGAUAUCUAAAGAUGACACUGCCACUGCAGCGCAUGUGAAGUUCUCUUCCAGGUUUGAAAAGAACAGGAAGGACAAGCGUGCAUUGAUCAAAGCUGGCUCAAUCUUUCAAGGGACACCUGGGUCUUCUGUGUCCGACAAAAAACGUUUGGAUCUUGAAUCCAAGAGAAGAAAGAUAAAGGCAGCUGCAGCAUCCAACUUGCUGGCUGGCGGAUUUAAACCAUCAUCGUGGUCACAGAGUGCUGCUUCUAUGAACAGACACAAGGGGACCUCUGUGGCUGUAAGACAUCAGUAGCUAACUAAGCUUCUUGAGUCUUGAAACUGAUGUGAAUUCCCUUCAGCAAAGCAAUAGAGCAAUCAAGGGACAGGGAACUGUUGUAGGUUUCGCCAUUUCCCUAAAGAGCAUUUUUUCUUGAAGUAAAAACAUCAUAUGUACAGGUUGGGGUGAUAUUGUUUUCCUUAUGCUGUGUUUUGAGGUAUGGAGUUUAUUCUUGGACGAAUGCUAUGAAUUUCAGUGUGUAACUUCUAGGGUUGAGUUUUAUUCUCCCAAACACACUAGUUUUCAUGCUUAAAUUUGCAACACUCUGUAUAAUGUGAUGAAAAUAAAUGUGUUCUUACUUGGUCCGUC